AAAUAAAAUUAUAAAUUGUUAUUAAAUAAAUAAAAAAAAAAAAACAUUUCUUUCUUAACAAGAAAGGAGUCCUGCGCUUUCACAAAUUCAUCAUAUAUGCACAAGUACCCCCUACCCAAACCCUCACACAUCCCAAAAAUUCACAAUUCUGUCAAUCGGAAUUUACAAUCAACCAAUCUUCUUCAACAACAUGAGUAAUCAAGCAGAAUCAUCCGAUGCUAAGGGGACAAAGCGGGACUUCAGUACGGCGAUUCUGGAGCGGAAGAAGGCUGCUAACAGACUCGUUGUCGAUGAAGCAAUCAACGAUGAUAAUUCUGUUGUUGCCUUACAUCCCGAGACCAUGGAAAAGCUUCAGUUAUUCAGAGGCGACACCAUCUUGAUCAAGGGAAAGAAAAGGAAAGACACAAUCUGUAUAGCUCUUGCUGAUGACACUUGUGAAGAACCAAAGAUCAGGAUGAAUAAGGUAGUCAGAACAAAUCUCAGAGUCAGACUUGGUGAUGUAGUCUCAGUUCAUCAAUGUGCUGAUGUCAAAUAUGGGAAACGUGUUCACAUUCUUCCAAUUGAUGACACAAUCGAAGGCGUAACAGGAAAUCUCUUCGAUGCUUAUCUAAAACCUUACUUCAUGGAGGCAUAUAGACCAGUGAGAAAGGGUGACUUCUUUCUUGUAAGGGGAGGAAUGAGAAGUGUAGAGUUCAAGGUCAUAGAAACAGAUCCACCAGAGUAUUGUGUAGUAGCACCCGAUACUGAAAUCUUCUGUGAAGGUGAACCCGUAAGAAGAGAAGAUGAAGAUCGGUUAGAUGAAAUCGGUUAUGAUGAUGUCGGUGGGGUCCGCAAACAAAUGGCACAAAUCCGUGAGCUAGUUGAGCUUCCAUUGAGACACCCACAGCUUUUUAAGUCAAUAGGGGUCAAACCCCCAAAGGGUAUUUUACUAUACGGCCCCCCCGGAUCCGGGAAAACUUUAAUAGCUCGGGCAGUUGCUAACGAAACCGGGGCUUUCUUUUUCUGCAUCAAUGGGCCCGAAAUCAUGUCGAAAAUGGCGGAGAAAGCGAGACGUGAGAAGACACACGGUGAAGUUGAAAGAAGAAUUGUGUCACAGUUGUUGACUUUAAUGGACGGGUUGAAAUCGCGUGCACAUGUUAUUGUCAUGGGUGCUACCAAUCGUCCUAAUAGCAUUGACCCUGCGUUGAGAAGAUUCGGGAGGUUUGACCGGGAAAUUGACAUUGGUGUCCCUGAUGAGAUUGGGAGACUUGAAGUUCUUCGUAUUCAUACCAAGAACAUGAAAUUAGCUGAAGAUGUUGACUUGGAGAAGAUUUCGAAAGAGACACACGGGUAUGUGGGUGCUGACCUGGCGGCUUUGUGUACUGAAGCUGCACUUCAGUGUAUUAGAGAGAAGAUGGAUGUGAUUGAUUUGGAAGAUGAGUCGAUUGAUGCGGAGAUUUUGAACUCCAUGGCUGUAACGAAUGAGCACUUUGCAACUGCACUUGGGACUAGUAAUCCUUCUGCUCUUCGUGAGACUGUUGUUGAAGUGCCUAAUGUUAGUUGGGAAGAUAUCGGAGGCCUUGAGAAUGUCAAACGUGAGCUCCAAGAGACUGUUCAAUAUCCGGUUGAACACCCGGAGAAAUUUGAAAAAUUUGGAAUGUCACCAUCAAAGGGAGUCCUCUUCUAUGGCCCACCAGGGUGUGGGAAAACACUACUCGCGAAAGCUAUCGCCAACGAAUGCCAAGCAAACUUCAUCAGCAUCAAGGGACCAGAACUACUCACGAUGUGGUUCGGUGAAAGUGAAGCGAAUGUACGCGAGAUCUUCGAUAAAGCGCGUGGGUCCGCCCCUUGUGUUCUUUUCUUCGAUGAACUCGACUCCAUCGCCACCCAGAGAGGAAGUAGUCAAGGAGACGCAGGAGGUGCAGCGGAUCGGGUUUUGAACCAACUGUUGACUGAAAUGGACGGGAUGUCUGCGAAAAAGACGGUUUUCAUAAUCGGUGCGACGAACCGACCAGAUAUAAUCGACCCGGCGCUUUUGAGACCCGGUCGACUCGAUCAGUUAAUUUACAUUCCUCUCCCUGAUGAAGAAUCUCGCUAUUCCAUCUUCAAAUCCGCUUUACGAAAGUCGCCCGUUGCAAAGGACGUUGACCUUCAUGCUCUUGCUAAGUACACCCAAGGCUUCAGUGGCGCUGACAUCACCGAAAUCUGUCAACGCGCGUGCAAGUACGCCAUCCGUGAAAACAUUGAAAAAGAUAUUGAGAGGGAGAAGAAGAGGAGUGAGAAUCCGGAGGCGAUGGAGGAGGAUGUGGAGGAGGAUGAGGUGGCGGAGAUAAAGGCGGCUCAUUUUGAAGAGUCAAUGAAGUUUGCACGAAGGAGUGUGAGUGAUGGGGAUAUUAGGAAGUAUCAGGCGUUUGCGCAGACGUUGCAGCAGUCGAGAGGGUUUGGGUCGGAGUUUAGGUUUGCGGAGGCCAGCGGUGGUGCUGCGGCGGCGGGUGGUGGAGCGGACCCGUUUGGUGCGGCGGCAGGUGGUGCUGAUGAUGAUGAUCUUUAUAAUUAGUUUAGUUUGGUUAAUAAUGUCAUACACGGAUGAUGCUUUCUAAUAUCGUUGUCUAUGGUGUGAAAAUACUUGGUUUCUUGAAUUUAUUUAUGUAUUUAUGUAACUUAAAUCCUACCUUGUUUCUAUGAGCGUGGUUUUAUUAGACGUUUCUUAGGGAAAGCUCACCAACAUAACGUAUUAUAUAUAUUACCAAAAGAUGGAAUGAAUGAAUAUGCACAAACCAUCAUACAUGAG